AUGCUGAAUGCAGCAAAUUUGGCCACCUACCGGGCAGAACUUUGGCUCCUCUCGCCCUCGUGCCAACCGUAUACAGUUCUUAAUCCAUUGGCUAAAGGAGCGGCAGACCCACGCGCGAAGUCUUUCAUCCACCUUAUAGAGGAUGUUCUCCCAGAAAUGGUCAGAGACAGUACACAUCCUAAAUACAUGCUAGUAGAAAAUGUUGCUGGAUUUGAGCGUUCCAGCACCCGGUUACGGCUCCUGAAAACGUUGGAUAGUCUCGGCUACGGAGUUCUGGAGCUUCUCUUGACACCUCUGCAGUUUGGCAUCCCAAAUUCCCGCCUACGAUAUUAUCUUCUUGCCAAGGCUCAACCCAUGCCAUUUCCUGGAACUAUCGCUUCUGGCCUUAGACUAUGGAGACAUAUUCCUGGACAUGGUCAAGAUUGGAUCGAUCCUAGAAUGUAUAUUGACCACAAUGAUAACGAGAUGAUCGCUGAUGAAAUCCGUGAUUACUUGGAUGAGGAUGUUCCCGAGAGACACAGCACUCAUCCUAACGCUAUCCCUGAUCAGACCCUACAAAAGUGGGGUCGGCUCUUUGACAUUAUUCUUCCCUCAGCUAGACGAAGCUGUUGUUUCACUCGAGGGUACGUGAGGAUGGCAGAGCGCUCUGGAUCAGUGUUGCAAAUGAAUGAAGAGCUCGAUACUACGAGCACCUUUGACCGUUUCCUUGAAGCACAAAAGAGCGGCCGAGAGGCUGCCGUGCGCGUUCUGGACCCCUUGAGGCUGCGCUAUUUCUCGCCUACGGAGCUGCUCCGAAUAUUCCACUUUCUUCCAACGGCUAAGACAGAGGCGCAGGAGAGCUUCCAAUGGCCAGCUGACUUGUCAGUGAAGACGCAGUAUAGGUUGAUUGGUAAUAGUGUGAACGUGCAGGUGGUAGCUGAGCUAAUUCGUUAUCUCUUCGAGGUUGAAGGCCGUCCUACCGAGGAAUCCGACAGCAUCCUUCUCAAGCGAAUGGCCCACGACAGUGGAACGUUGACAUGA